CAAAUAUUAAAUUACAAGUGUAAACAUUAGAAAAAAUAUUAAAAAAUGAAUUUAAAUAUAAAUUUAGAAGAAUUACAACACCAAUGUCGUAUUUGUUUGCAACAAGGUGAUGUAAAUAUAUGGAAUUGUAAAGUUACUGUAAAAACUGAAGCAGAUAUACAGGCAAAUUCUUUAGGUAUGGAUGAUUCCAUAGAGAAAACGUUUUUGGAAUUAAUGGAUAUAUUUUAUGAUAGUCAAGAUUUAUUAAAUUUAACCGAUGAAUUUCCCUCACUAUGUUGGCCUUGUUUGGAGGACUUGAAAUAUUGCUAUAUUUUCUAUGAAAAAAUUAAGCUUGCCAAUAUACAGUUGGCAAAUCUUUAUCAGGAAUCAUUAAAUCAAUGUAUUGAAGAGGAGCAUCUUAUAGAAGUUGUUGAAGAUAAAGAUUUAAAGGAAAUAACUGAAAUAAAUCCAAUUGAAACUAUGGAAGAAGAUAAACUCUUACAACAUUUCCCCCCUUACACUAUUAAUGAAACUAAUCAAUUGCACACAUUAAGCAAACCAACACGCUCAAAACAUAUACCUUUGGAUAAAAAUGAUGCCUUUGUUAUAACGCAAUUUGUACCCGAAACUCUAGACACAAACGAAAUAAAUUUCACAAAUCAAAACAAAGAAGACGAUGAAGAAUGUCAACCACCUCAGCAUUUGUUAACAGUGAAUUUAAAAGCGGUCGAAGUCAAAAAUCUACACAAUCUAGAAACUCCCCAGCCCUUAGAUACAGAUAGUGAAGAACCUGCAGUUUAUAUAUGUCAAUAUUGUCCUCAGGCUUUUGCCAAAUCCGAUUAUCUUAAGACUCACAUACAAAAAUCACAUGUUUGUAAAUUUUGCACCCAAACAUUUAGCAUAACGGAGGAUCUGUUCAAACAUAUACGCGAAGUACACACCGAACAUAAAUGUGCCAUUUGCCAUAAAUUGCUGAGUUCUCAUACAAAUUUAAGGCAUCAUAUAAGACGAGUACAUCGUAUACAGCUGCCAGCCAAAGUUACACUACUUGACUUUAUCAAAUCAACAAAUGUAGAGGAAAGUAUGCCAGAAAACGAUGUGGAAAUUUUACAAGAGCUAGGAGCGACAGAAAUGGAUUUUAAUACACAAUAUGUUUGGCAGAAUGAUGAUUGUAUAGAAAUGUUUGGUGAAAAUAAUAGUACUGAAAUGAAUUAGCAAACUUAGUG